UUUAUGUUGAAGCGUACGGUCGGUUGCGCGGAUAAAUAAGUUACAAAAAAUUUAAGCACAAGCAAAUAUUUCGAAUUAAAUGUGCACUAGUUCGGAAAUGUGCCCACAAAACAUAGCAUAACAAGAAACACAAUCAAUUUUAUACUCGCGGAACGCUAUUUGGAUAUUUUUCGGUCGGUUUCUGUCGCACUUCGGGGACUCAAAAAACCAGAAGCUGAUUUAUUUUUUAAUUUGUUUUAAUUAAGUAUUAAAAGCAAGCGAAUAAACAGCAUUUCAAUUUUCAAUUGCACUAAUUUCUGAGUGACUUGUGAGUGAAAAAGAAGCAGCAAAAACGCCAACAACAACAGCAAAUACAAAAUCCAACAACAAUAAAGUGAUCGUAUGGCGCGUCGUGCGCGAGAGUUUCAGCCUUCGUAUGUGUGACUUGUGACUUGUGAGUGUGUGCGUGCGUGCGUGUGUGUGUGCUGGAAUGGAAUGCAGUUAUGAAAAAAUAAAUAAAUAAUUGAGAGCGCGCGCCCGCGCCUUGGUAGCUGCCUCUCUCGCUCUUGCUCUUGCUUCCUCUCUCUCUCUCUCUCUCUCUUAUCGUAUAUCGCGCCUGUGGAAGUAUGUUGUUGUAUGUAGUACAUUGCACAAGACAAAGCGAAGCAAAGUAAUACCAAUAGCAUAAACAAGAGAAACCGAUACGUCAAAAGAAGCAAAGAAGAAAUAUAAAAAAAAGCGCGCGCCAAGUGACUGACAAGUUUUUGUUUUUUUUUUAUUGUUGCCAAAAUGUCGAAUCAACAGCAACAGCAACAGCAACAACCGCGACAGCAUCCACAUCCUCAUCAUCAUCAUCAGCAGCAGCAUCAUCAUCAUCAUCAGCAUGGACAGCACAGUGAAUUCCCGUUGCCGGAUGGUUGGGAUAUUGCCAGGGAUUUUGAUGGCAAGACCUACUACAUAGAUCAUAUCAACAAAAAGACCACAUGGCUGGAUCCCAGAGAUCGAUACACAAAGCCGCAAUCUUUUGAGGACUGUGUGGGCGAUGAGCUGCCCGUGGGCUGGGAGGAGGCAUAUGACUCGAAUAUUGGACGCUACUAUAUCAAUCACAUUGCACAGAGCACACAGCUCGAGGAUCCGCGCCAGGAGUGGAAGAGUGUGCAGGAGCAAAUGCUCAGUGAUUAUCUGUCAGCUGCACAGGAUCAACUGGAGAACAAGCGCGAAAUGUUUGAUGUCAAACAGCAGCGUCUACUCCUCGCACAGGAGGAAUACAAUCACCUGAACAAACUGGCGGCCAGCCGCAGCAGCUUAUGCUCAUCGUCCAGCUCCAUGAGUCGACACGAUCCCGAGCUGCUACGCGCCGACUUGAUGCUGGCACGUGAACGCGUCCGUCAACUGAAGCAGGAGUUGAAUCACAUUACCAAUGACAUCUCGUACACGGAGCGGGGCAUGAAUACACUGUAUUCGGUGGGCGAGAAGAUCAAUGCACGCCAGAAUGGCUGCUAUGAUAUUGCCGAGGUGCAGGCGAUACGCGAGGAGAUGCUGAAGGUGCACAAGUCCUUGGUGUCCGGUGAGAAGGUGCGCGAGGAACUGAUGCGCAGUCUGGUGCAGAUCAAGAACGAACUGAGCCGACAGCAGAUCAACGAGGAGAAUGCCGAUCUCCUCAAUGCCGCCUCGCCCUUCGAUCGCGUCUGCGUCGCCAGCCAGACGGAUCUGUGUGGAGCAGGUGAGCAUUUGAACGGCGGUGCACGAUUCGCGGAGAUGGCCAAGACGAAGCUGCAGUAUGCCGAGUGGCGUAAGCACAUCAAGAAACUGCAGCAGCAACUGGCCGAUCAUGUGGAACGCAUUGAGCCGGGUCAAUUGGAGUCGGACAAGGAUCGCAUACUGUUGAUACAGGAGAAGGAGAAGCUGCUCAAUGACCUGAAUAGCAUUUCACUCAAGUCGCGCAGCAUUGAGGAGAAACAGGUCAUACAACAGACACGCCACAAGCUUGAGGAGGACCUCAAGGAGGCGUAUGAGGCGACCAACACGUGCAUUGCGAAUCGCCUGCGUUUCCACGAGGAGAAGCAACAUCUGCUGGACAAGCUGCAGGAAGCACUCAAGUCCACCAAAUUGCUGGAGGAGCGCCUCAAGUCAUUCUCCUCGGAGAGCACCUUCUCCAUAAGCAGUGGCAGCAGUCUGGGCUCCCUGUCCACGGCGAGCAGCAAGAGCGCUCUCAGCUUUACGGACAUUUAUAUAGAUCCCUUUGCCGUGGACUCGCCCAUCGAUGUGAUCGAUCUGCAGCGACGAUCGCAACGUCUAUUCCAGCAGCAUCAGCGGCUGCCACCUGUGCAUCCCGCCUUGCCACAGCAUCAACAACAACAACAACAGCAGCAGCAGCAACAACAACAACCAUCCUCAGAGGUGUCACUGUCGCCACGUAGCAGCCUCUCCAUGGAAACGCCGCCCGCCUCGCCAAUGAAAUACAAUGCGACUGCGGAUCAAGCACACUCCCAGCCCAAGGAGGAACCUACCUAUGCCAACGCACUACCCGCUCCUCCCACGUUGCCCACGCUGCCCGCGCCUCCCGCCUACACAGCUCCCCCAGCUGCUCCAGUGGCUGGGGUGCGGGCUCAUCCGUAUGAUCUGGACUCCACUGUGCUGGACUGCAUGAUGCUGGAGGCGAAACUGCAGAAGCUCAACAUGAGCUCGCCGCUCAAUCUGAAUGCUCCACUUUCACCCAUCUCGGAGAAGCCAUCGCUGCUGGAUCUGCCGCAAGAGAUGCUCAGUCGUUCCUCUUCCACAUCGAAUACACGCUCCGUUUCGGCAGCCGUUAGCAAUGAGUCCGUUGCCGGUGACUCCGGCGUCUUUGAGGCAUCUCGUGCCCACCUGCCGCGCAAGGAGUUGGCCCAAGUGCAGAUCGGCCUCAAGUAUCUGAAGCAAGAGGGUGUGCUCGUUGUAUCCCUGGAGCGUGCCAACAACUUGUCGGCCUUGUGGACUGCUACCACAGACAACUCACAAGUUUAUCUGCGUGCCGCUUUGCUGCCCAACUCGUUGACUUCCAUACGCACCAAGGCACUGGGUGACUUCCAGAAGCCCGUCUUCAAUGACACCUUUGCGGUGCCCAUUUCGCUGGACAAGCUGCUGACCAAGAGCCUGCAGGUGACCGUCGUCAGCAUGACCGGACAGAAGGAGGAGAUCAUCGGUACUGUGCAGAUCAGCAUGGCCGAGUUCAAUCCGGAAGACUCCACGCUCAAGUGGUACAACGUGCUCAGUUCCAAGUUUAUGCCCAGCUUUGAGUCGCUGGAUUUGCCCUCCACAAGUGCAGCCGCUGCAGCUGCCGCUGUCGCCGUCGCCACCGCCACCAGCAACAACAACAACAGAGAGGAAUCCUCGGAUGAGUCAACCAUAACGUCGUCACAGACCUCAACACUAACGCGCAACCAGGCACCGCCAUUGGAGCUGCAGGCACAGAUUGCCGAGGAGCUGCCCGAGCAUGUGCGUCUCAAUGAGCAGCAAUGCAGCGAUGACGAUGACGACGAGGAUGACGAUGAGGAGGAAGACGAACAGCAGCUGGUCAGCACCAUUGGCCUAACGCAUUCAAGCUGCAUGCUGGACGCCUACCUGGAGAAUAUGAAGCAGGAGUAUGCCGACAAGGAGACGAACACAGAUUGCGCCUUCCCGCCGGAGAAAUUGCGCAGUCAGUCGCAGCUGUUGGACGACAGACCCGUGAAGCGUUCACAGACAUUUACACCCUCGGCGGCGAUCAGCAAGAACCGUUACAAUUGCCGCCUCAAUCGCAGCGACUCGGACUCAGCCAUGCACUUUGGUGUCACCCCACACACCUUCCAUCGUGGCGCUGUGGAGCGGCGAUCGCUACGCUUCCAUCCUAAGGCGACCAAGUCAGCUACAAAACUGCAUCAUACUCACAUACCGCGUACCAGCUUGGACUUGGAGCUGGAUCUGCAGGCGCAGCAUAGCAAGCUCUUCUUUCUCAAUGAUCAAAUCUCCAAGCUGCAGAACCUUAAGGAAGUACUUCAGAAGGCCUGCGACAACAAGGAUCCGCUAAUUGCGGCCUGGGCCAUUGAGAAUGAGGAGUUCCAGCGAUUGGUGGCAAGAGCCGAUCCCGCCAAGUGCCCCGAAGAGCGUCAACUGCAGAAGCUGCUGAUGAAGACCGCCAAAGAAAUACAUAAGCUACGCAAAACAAAAGUGCCCAAAGGUUGCCCAGAUUUGGUGUCAUUCAAAGAGAAAAUCUCGUUCUUUACACGCAAGGGUCUCUCAGUGCCAGAGUUGCCUAGCGAAUUCAUGCUGCCCGAUGCGGAUGCUAUAGAGGAGGAGGAGGAGGAAGAGGAUGAUGAUGAGGAGGACAAUGUGGCCGAGACAGCCAUGGCCAUUAACACGGCUCUGGUGGCCAGCAGCAACAGGAACAAGAAUCUCAGUGAGCAUCACCAACGAGUAGCACUGCCUGCACUGGCUGCCACAUCCAGCCCAGCUGUCGCUUCAGCUCCAGCUCCCGCUCCAGUUGCCGCUCCAUCGCCUGUUCCUGUCCCUGUCGCAACGGCACAGGCAGACGCCAAUGCAGAGCAGCAGCGAUACGACUAUGUCGUCGAUCGCAACUAUGGCGUGGAGGUGUAGUCCCUGUUCGGCUGGCGACGCCUUCCCACCUACGCUGUACAUAUUUGUAAUUAUUUUCUGGUAUUUAUUUUCAUUAAGCGAAAAGUAUUUAUGUAUAUAGUGGAGAAACAAGAUGAAACUGAUGUAACAAAAAUCUGUGCCUUAUAGAGAAAGUUGGAGAGCUGAAUUCAGCCAACAACAGCAACAAAUGCAAAACAAUAAUACUAGUAAUGAUAUAAAUACUUUUACAUAAAACUUAGAGUUAAGUUAUAUAUAUAUAUUUGUUAGCAUUAGAUCCAUAGUCAGUUUAUACUAAUUGACCCCAUAAAUGAGAAACAAAUUAUCUAGAACUUCGCAACGUCCCGAUCCGCCCUGACCCGCCCCAAAACUGAACAACGUGCACAUUGCGCGUUCGAAACUGUCAAAUUCAUAUUGAAACCAACUGUAUUCUUAAGACUUGAGCAAAUUAUACGAAUGUAGAGGAAUAUUUUUUAUAUGCAUAUAGUGGAUAGUGAUAAAGUUUAUCUUAGUUUAGACAAAACAAUCAAAAACUAUAACAAAAUAUAUUUAUUAUAAAUGUAUGUAUUGAUGGAUGAGUGCAUAUUACUUCAAUCUGUUUAAUUAGUUUAAUUAGCUUGCGUUUUUGUUAAGCUCAAAACGAAUUCUAUUAAUUUUUUUUAUAAAAAAAAAACCUAUGAAAAUACACAAAAAAAAAGAGCAUCUACCAUAUUAGUUAAACUCAUAUGCCGAACAGGUAUAUGCCAUUACUAAGAAAGCUCACAAACAAAUACUGUUAUGUUUUACAGAGCGAGCAUGUUGAAAUUGUUAAACUAUUGCCCUGGGAGCUAUGAAUUUGAAAAAAUUAAACAAAAUAUUAACUAUUAAGCUUUUAACUCUAGAUUUAGUUUUAGAUUCUCUCCCUCUCAGCUCUUUUGUAAGCAUCGCUGUUGUUUUGUUAACAUUAACCGCGCCCCCGCUCCCCCAACUCAGUAAUAGUAAUAACAAAAAAGAAAAACUCCCACAUAUUUUUAUAUACAUAUAUAUGAUAGGAAUUUAGCUGUAAUAAAUUAUAUGAAUGAGAACAUGUAUAUUGUAAUUGUGCAAUAAACUACAAAAAAAUUCUACUGACAUAACUGAA